AUGCCGCGCGCUAGGCAUAAUACGACCUCCUUGCCUCGGCAUCUACGGUCUGAGCUGGGAAUCCGCGAUACCUAUGGUGAAAAGAAGCGUCGCCUUAACGGCCCGGCUUCACGGAAGGAACGUCGCCAGAAUGAGCGGACACAGAAGAAAGGACGGCAUGCAGCACCACAGAACAAGAAGACCUUCCAACGGCACGAACAACCGGCUCGGAAUGGAGGUAAAGACGACGAGGAUCUCGACCUAAACUCGGACGACAUGGAUCUCGAUGAACGCAGUGCGCCACAGACGAAGCCGAAGUCCAAGGAAGCAGCCCAAAAGCCCAAGUCGAUUAUGAAGAAGACACCGGCGCUAGAGGGAUCCGAAUCCGAAUCCGAGUUGGAAAUCGACCUAGAUGAGGAUGAUGAUGAGGAGGAGGACGACGAAGACGAAGACGAUGAAAGCGAAGAUGCCUCCGAAGCCGAGUCUGAGGAAGAUAAGUUGUCUGGGGCUCAUGUGCCUGCAGGCGUCAAGUCCAAGCUUGCGCAAGAUGAUGCCGAAAUCGCUGCAUUGGAGAAGAAGCUUGGUCUUAAGAAGGGCAAGACUUCCAAGGCAUUCGAAGAAGACGGACUAGACGAUCUACUUGGUGAUCUGGGUGGUGGCGUCGGCGACGACUCAGAGGACGAGAAUCGCAAACGCAAACGGGAGGCCGACGACUGGCUGCAGAGCAAGAGACAAAAGGCCAAGGCCUUGCAAGCACAAGCCGAGGCGAAGGACAGUGAGGAGGACAGUGAAGAGGAUGUCGACCUGGACGAGGAGAUUUUUGGAAGUGAAGACGACGAAGAGGCUGCUGAAGGCAGUGACUUUGACGGAUUCGAUGACGAGAAGACGGAGCCCAAGAAGAAAGAAAAUCCUUAUGUUGCUCCGGUUCCAAAACCAGAAGCUUCGGCACAGAAAUACAUUCCUCCUUCAUUGCGAGCGCGCGCCGGUCCAGAGAGUGAAUCUCUUACUCGACUGAAGCGCCAAGCACAGGGACAGCUGAACAAGUUGUCUGAGGCAAACAUGAUUUCAAUUGUCUCUGAGUUCGAAAAGCUUUACCGUGACCACCCACGUCAGCACGUCACUUCUACGUUGAUUGAUUUGCUGAUGGGGUUGAUCUGUGAAAGAGCUGCUCUUUCGGAUACUUUCCUUAUCCUGCACGCCGGUUUCAUUGCAGCUUUAUACAAGCUCCUGGGUAUGGACUUCGGUGCAGAGAUUAUCCAGAAAGUCGUCGAAACCCUCGAUGCCAAUGGUGAUGAGCGAGGAACAUUCCAAGGAAAGGAGACUGCCAACUUGGUCUCUCUUCUCUCGCAGCUCUACAACUUCCACGUCAUUGGCUCCGCAUUGAUGUUUGAUUAUAUUCGCAUUUAUGUGCAGGAAAUCACGGAAUACAAUACCGAGCUCUUGCUCAAGGUUAUCCGGAAUUCCGGCCCGCAGCUCCGACAAGACGACCCUUCCUCACUCAAGGAUAUUGUUCUACUCAUCCAGCCCGCAGUAGCAAAGGCCGGCGAGGAUAAGCUGUCCGUCCGAACAAAGUUCAUGAUCGACACCAUCACAGAUCUGAAGAAUAACCGCGUCAAAUCUUCAGCGGCAGCCGGCGCAAGCAUCACCACAGAGCACAUCACGAAAAUGCGCAAGAUCCUAGGUUCCCUAAACAACUCCCGGGUGAUUCGUGCAUCAGAGCCCAUCAACAUCUCCCGCGACGACAUCCACAACUCAGCCAAGAAAGGAAAAUGGUGGUUAGUCGGCGCAAGCUGGAAGGAGGAUCCCCUCGUAACGGCCCAGCAAGAAAUCGCCGGUCUACCAAUGAACCACAGCCACGUCCAAGACGAUGAAAGCGAAGGCGAACCCGACUACGGCAACCUCGCCAGAGCACACCGCAUGAACACCGAGAUUCGCCGCUCAAUCUUCAUUGCCAUCAUGUCCGCCACAGACUUCCAAGACGCACAUGUGCGGUUAAUGAAGCUCCGCCUCAAACGUGCUCAGGAGUUCGAAAUCCCCCGUGUCCUGCUGCACUGUGCCAUGGAAGAACAGGCACACAACCCAUACUAUACCCUCAUUGCCCGCCGUAUCUGUGGUGAUAUGGGCCGACGCCUCAAGAUGUCCUUCAUGUUCGCACUGUGGAACAUUUUCAAGCGAAUGGGCGAGCGUGGCGAUAUGGACGAAGAUGAAGUCGAUAGCUUCGAUCCCGAUGACGAGGAAAACGGUGUUCCCAUGAAGGCUGUGGUCAACCUGGCCAAGAUGUACAGCAGCCUCAUUGCGGACGGCAGCUUGACGUUGGGAAUCCUGAAGACUCUCAACUUCGCAUACUUGCAGCCGAAGACCAAGACCUUCGUGGAGAUUUUGAUCAUUGGUCUUAUUCAGCAGUCACAAAAGUCCAAGAAGAAGAAAUCCAAGAGUUCCAAGACGGAGGAAGCGCCUCAGGACGAGAAGGCCUUGAUGCAGAUUUUCUUGCGCGUCAAGGAGACACCCCAUAUUGGCAAGGGUCUUAUCUUCUUCAUUCGGAAGGUUGUCGCUAAGACUGAUAUUGUUUCUGAUGAAGAGAUGAAGCUGGUUCGAUGGGGCUGCGAUGUGGCUGUUGAUGCUCUCAAGGCUGUAUCGGACUAA